GGCGAGAGGGGAAGCUCCGCACCCACAGGCCGGCAAGGACUAACACACACUGCUGAACCGAAGCAGAGAGAAUUCACAGAGAAAAAGUGGCCAUGGACCUGAUCCCAAGCUUUUCCAUGGAAACCUGGCUUCUCCUGGCUACCAGUCUGGUCUUCCUUUAUCUAUAUGGGACCUCCACACAUGGACUUUUUAAGAAGCUGGGAAUUCCUGGGCCAAAACCUCUGCCUUUUGUGGGAACUGCUCUGGCCUACCUUAAGGGUUUUUCUGUUUUUGACGAGACAUGUUUUAGAAAGUAUGGAAGAAUGUGGGGGUUUUAUGAUGGGCGACAGCCUGUGCUGGCUAUCACAGAUCCGGACAUGAUCAAAACAGUAUUAGUGAAAGAAUGUUAUUCUGUCUUCACAAACCGGCGGUCUUUUGGUCCAGUGGGAUUUAUGAAAAGUGCAAUCUCUUUGUCUGAGGAUGAAGAAUGGAAGAGGAUGCGAACAUUGCUGUCCCCUACUUUCACCAGUGGAAAGCUCAAGGAGAUGUUCUUCAUCAUUGACCAGUAUGGAGAUGUGCUGGUGAGGAACCUGAGGAAGGAGGCUGAGAAAGGCAAGCCUAUCAACUUGAAAGACAUCUUUGGGGCCUACAGCAUGGAUGUGAUUACCAGCACAUCAUUUGGAGUGAACAUUGAUUCCCUCAACAACCCACAGGAUCCCUUCGUGGAAAAUACUAAGAAGCUCUUAAAAUUUGAUUUCCUUGAUCCAUUUUUCUUCUCAUUAUUACUGUUUCCAUUCCUUAGCCCCGUUUUUGAAAUGUUAAAUAUCUCACUAUUUCCAAAAAGCGUUACUGAUUUUUUCAAGAAAUCUAUAAAGAGAAUGAAAGAAAGUCGCCUCAAAGAUAAACAAAAGCACCGAGUGGACUUUCUUCAGCUGAUGAUUAACUCCCAGAAUUCCAAAGAAAUGGACACCCAUAAAGCUCUGUCUGAUCUGGAACUCAUGGCCCAGUCUAUUAUCUUUAUUUUUGCUGGCUACGAGACCACUAGCACGUCUCUUUCCUUCCUUGUGUAUGAACUGGCCACUCACCCUGAUGUCCAGCAGAAACUGCAGGAGGAGAUUGAUGCGACUUUCCCCAAGAAGGCACCACCUACUUAUGAUGGCCUUGUACAGAUGGAGUAUCUGGACAUGGUGUUGAAUGAAACUCUGAGAUUAUACCCAAUCGGUGGUAGACUUGAGAGGGUCUGUAAGAAAGAUGUGGAAAUCAGUGGUGUGUUUAUUCCCAAAGGGACAGUGGUGAUGGUGCCAGUGUUUACUCUUCACCGAGACCAGGAUCUCUGGCCAGAGCCCGAGGAGUUCCGUCCUGAAAGGUUCAGUAAGAAGAACAAGGACAGCAUAAAUCCUUAUACAUACCUGCCCUUUGGAACUGGACCACGAAACUGCCUUGGGAUGAGGUUUGCGAUCAUGAACAUGAAACUCGCCCUUGUCAGAGUCCUGCAGAACUUCUCCUUCAAACCUUGUAAAGAAACACAGAUCCCCAUGAAAUUAAACGUUCAAGGGUUAAUUCAACCAGAAAAACCCAUUGUUCUCAAGGCUGAGUUAAGAGAUGGAGUGUAAGUGGAGCCUGACUUCCCCUAUGGACCUCCCCUUUGUUCUCCAAGAAGCUGUAUCCCAGAUCACCAGAGACCUCAAUUUCCUUUGUGAGUAGAACCCAAAAGUGAAGAUGGCCUGCAGGUACUGCCUGUGACAGAUGACUAGGGCUUCAAUACAUUCACUUAGCUUUUUUGGUGUCUGUGUGGAGCAUUCUGUAUUGUGGAGAGUGAAGGAGGUGCCCAAUAAGUGCCAGUGAUGUAGACUCAGCCUGUCCGGUUCACACAAACUACCCCCAGUUAGUACCAUCUGUUCCCCUGAUCAAGAAUAAAAAUUUCUCAACAAUUUUAU